AUGAGCGAAGAAACGCGUGGCGCGGCACUUGCUGCCCCAAGGGGCCUCAUCGCAGCAAUCGGAUGCUCGUCUCUCUUUGGUCUGCUCGUACUGCUAUCGUUCUUGUUCUCAAUCCAAGACUAUCAGACUACCAUCGAUUCGCCGUACGGCCAACCUGUUUUGCAAAUUUUUGUCGACGCGGUCGGCGAGAACGGCGCGAUUGUGAUGAUGACCGUCAUCAUGAUCUGCGUCUUUCACUGCGGACUGUUCUCGGUCUGCAGCAAUAGCAGAAUGUACUACAGCUUCGCGAGAGAUUCGGGCAUUCCCAAAUGGUUCGCCACGGUCGACAAACGGACUCAGGCGCCCGUCAAGACAAUCUGGCUCGCCGUAUUACUAUCUUUCUGUCUCGCAUUGCCGUCGCUCGGAUCGACGGUCGCGUUCACGGCAGCGACCUCCAUCGCGACCAGCGGAUUGUAUAUUAGCUAUGGAAUUCCCAUCGCCCUAGGCUUGGUCUGGCCGCAUCAUUUUCAGAAAGGGCCUUUCACACUUGGCAUUCUUUCGAAGCCCAUCGCUGCCGCAGCCGUCAUGUGGGUCAUCUGCAUUACGAUCUUCUUCUGUCUACCGACGGCCAAUCCGGUCACCAGUCAGACUCUGAAUUACUGUCCGGUCGCUAUCGGGGUCAUCGCACUAUAUAUUGCAGUCAGCUGGACAUUCUGGGCAAGAAAGUACUUUGUCGGUCCCGUCAGAGCAGUCGAUGGGCUUCAGGUGGCUCCCGCCGAUGCGACCGAUGCAUAUGCACAUCUCGAGAUCGGUGCAGACAACAAACUUGCAGAGAAAGACUCGCCGAUCGAUGAGACCGAGAAAGAAUCGCUUUGA